AUGCGAGCACAGGUGUUCAUAGCAGCGGGCACCAUCAUUCUGUGGGUGGGGUUCUUCGGCUUCAACGGCGGCUCAGUGCAGUACCUGGGACAGCCCGCCAACGUGUGGGUCGCCGAUGUGGCGCGCGUGUGCGCCAACACCACCGUGUGCGCCGCCUUUGCGGGCGUGGCAGUGUGGUUUGUGACGUACCGGCGGAGGGAGCCCAAUCUGGAGGACACACUGAACGGCGUGAUUGGGGGGCUUGUUGCGGCAUGUGCUACAAGUAGUAUUGUGGAGGCGUAUGCUGCCUGCAUUAUUGGCGUGGUGUACCUGGGGGGGGUGUAUCUGGUGAACAAGGCCCGCAUUGACGACCCCGUUAACCCUCCUCUUUCCCAUCACCAUGUGUCCCUCCCUAACCGCCCCUCUCUACUGCACGUGCAGGCCACAGCAGUGCAUCUGUGCUGUGGCACGUGGGGCAGCAUAGCAGUGGGCUUCUUUGCGUCACCAGCAGCGGUGCAGCGCACCUACCAGUUCUCUGAUCCUGUGCCCUGUGGCCUCUUCUACGGCUGCGGCGGCUCACAGCUGCUCGUGCAGAUCCUAGGCCUGCUAUUGGUGUACGCAUGGGUGGGUCUCUCGUCGUUUGUCCUGUUCUACGCGCUGCACUAUUUUGACGUGCUGCGAGUCAAGAGGCACGAGGAGGAGGUUGGCUUGGACGUGGCAUUCCAUGGGGGAAACGACGAUGACGAGGCAUUUGACGUGGUGGAGGAUGGCGACAGCAUGGCACGCAGGCUGCUGACGUGGCGCAAGCUGCAGCACGUCUCAGCGCUCUUCUCCCAAGCAGCCGCCAAGAACACCAGCCGCCACAACGGGUACGGCCCGACCGGGGCGGCAGGAAGGGGUGGCAAGGGCGGCAAGGCGGGCGGCAAGGGCGGCAGCCUGAGCCAGCUGGCACAGAGCUUGCAUCCCAAGGGGUGGAACGUGCGGGAGAGGAAGGCACGGCGGCCCGUGUGGCACAAGGCGCUUGAGAGCACGCACCUGGGGCGAUUCUCCCUGGCCAUGUAUGAGGCCAACUAUAUCAUGGAGGAUACUGUUGAGGUGCAAUCGUCGAGCCGUGGGGUGUUCAUUGGAAUUCACGAUGGGCACAACGGGAGCGAGGCCGCGGAGUUUCUGCGUGAAACACUGUACAACAACAUCAUGAGCGAGUGCACGGAGGGCAAUGGUGUAUCAGUGGAGGCGUUGCGGAGGGGCUUUGACGCAACAGAGAGGCAGCUGGCAGCGAUCGUGAGGGAGGCGUUUGAGGAGAGCCCACACCUGGCCAUGGUGGGGGCAUGUUCCGUGGCUGCUCUCAUCACCCCCACGGCCAUCUGGGUCGCCAAUGUCGGCGACUGCCGUGCCGUGCUGGGCCAGGUGCGGCAAGUAUCAGACGGAGUGGAGUGUCGGGCAGUGCAGCUAUCCACAGACCACAACCUGUCAGUGCCGGCCAUCAGAGAGAAGUACAUCGCCGAGCAUGCCGACAUGCCCGACGCCGUUGUCGAGCGCCGCGGCCGGUUUCGAGUGAAGGGCAAAGUCAUGGUCACAAAGGCCUUUGGCGACCUGUACCUGAAAUCCACUGAUUUCAACCGGGAGCCUCUGGUGUCGCGGUUCCGAGUGCCCGAGCCCUUCAACCCGCCGCUCAUCUCGGCUGACCCCUCCGUGGCCGUGCGCGUCUUCUCGCCUCACGACUCGUUUGUCAUCGUGGCCUCCGACGGGCUGUUUGAGUUCCUCUCCAACCAGGAGGCCGUCAACAUCGUCGCAAGCAGCCCUAGAAAGGACGUGGCUCGCCAGCUCAUCCGGACGGCGCUGCAGCGGGCGGCAGAGAAGACGGAGAUGUUGUACAGCGACCUGCUGCGCAUGCCGUCCGGGCAGCGGCGGGACUACCACGAUGACAUCAGCGUUGUCGUCUUCUUCCUGGACCAUGACGCCAUGCGGCGCUCCUCCCACAGCUUCUGGAAGAAGGACGUGUCUAUAAAGGGUGGGUCAGCAGCCUCCUCUCUCCUCGCAGCCCCCACCAUCUCCGGUGCUGACGUGCACAACAUCUCCAGCAUGCGUGGCGCCACGUCAGCACGCGACGCGCUGGCCGUCGCGCGGGCGCAGCUGGGGGAGGCUCCAUCUCAGGCCAGCGCCAGGUGGCAGGCAGGCACAGUCUCCGAGGCGCUUCAAUGGCAGGGCAGCGCCAGUUGGCAGGCGGGCUCAGGGAAUUCCGAAGGGGAGGUUCUGGGACACGGCAAUGGGGGGUUGGGGGAAGGUGUGGGGAGGAGCGGGCUUGUGAGUGUGGGUGGGUCAGGGAGCGGCAGAGGGGGUGUGUGGAGGGAGGAGGAAAGGAGCAUGUCGGGGAGUCGCCGGCAUGCUGAUGCGCUCGUGGGGUUGACAGUGCCUGAGGAUGCAGCAGUGGAUGUCAGCCAAUUGGGGCCCGCCAGCUCAUUUGCUGAUGCGAGCGCGAGAGCGCUGCUUGACUAA